UGUCAUGUCAAUACGAGGAAUGAACAGUUUGAUGUGUUGGAAUUACAAUAUUUAUAUUUAUUUCACCUUUAUAUCAUUGUAAAUAAAACGUGAUUAUUAAAUACAAAUAUGACAUCGUUUGAAGCAAAAUUUGAUAUGUACCCAGCAGGGGAUGUGGGAGUGGUGGAGGGGGAAAUGAAUGUCCCGACACGGGGAGUGCCUUCUGGCGACAGCAUGGAAUUCAACACCCUAGAUGAACCCAUUAAAGAAACAUUUCUUCGUGACCUCAGAGCUGUUGGUAAUAAAUUCUACCAUGUCCUCAUCCCUAGAGAAAAGACCAGUUUGUUAAAAGAAUGGGACCUGUGGGGCCCGCUGCUGCUCUGCACGCUGAUGGCCACGUUCCUGCAGGGCUCCGCCGAGCGCGCUGACAACUCCAACGACGGCGGGCCCGAGUUCGCCGAGGUGUUCGUCCUAGUCUGGAUAGGCGCCGCUGUUGUCACCAUUAACUCUAAACUGCUGGGUGGGAAUAUCUCAUUCUUCCAGUCAGUAUGCGUGCUGGGCUACUGCCUGUUCCCCGUGGCGCUGGCGCUGGUCAUCUGCCGGAUAAUCCUGUUCUCAACACAGAACACCUUCCUGUUCUUCCUGCGCUUCGUCAUAUCCAUGAUCGGCUUCAUGUGGGCAACUUUUGCGGCCACAAAAUUCCUAGGCGACAGCCAACCAGAAGGCAAGAAGGCUCUCGCGGUGUACCCCAUAUGCUUAUUCUACUUCAUCCUCUCGUGGCUGGUUGCUUCGCACAGCAACGUCUAAACGCACUAACAUAAGUGAAUCUGUGUAUUUAUUAUUGUGAUACGGACAAUUUGACUAGAUUAAUAAUUAUGUGAAUAAUUGAUGUACAUUAAGUCAUAGUUACUGACUGUUAAUAUAAUGCUAUCGGAUCAAUU